CACCGAUCAAACAACACGGACCUGCUCAACACACGAGAAAACCACAAAUUCCCUGCCGAAUUGAAUUACAAUUUCGAAGGCUCAUUGGCUGGACUAGAUUGGUUCGAUUGUGUCAUUCUUCAAGUAUAACGUACACGUGCAAUCAACCGCAAGUGACCCGAGGCGUCAACAAUCCGCAGUAAAGGGACACUCACACCCCUCUAGACACUUGAAAGUUGAGAAGCAAGAAACCCCCUUGAGUAGAAGACUGAAAUCAAAGAUGGAAUCCACCAAUGAGCCAAGGCCCGGAGACGACGCCUUCAAUGGCUUCCAAAUGAGCCUCCCAGAAAACUGUGUUGAGUACAUGCUCUUCCUCAUCAACGAUCAGCCUGAAGCCCAGAGAACCACCCUCUCGAGCCUGGAAACAAUCAGGAAAGCGGCCCUUCAAAGGCUUGACGAGCUCACCAAGGAUUAUAUCUGGCAACGUGAGGCUUUGAAGCUCGAAACGAGGAUCGAGAAUGGCUUAGUUUACCUUCAUGGUCGUACUGAUUACGGUGAUAAUGUGGAAGACGAGUGGCUGAUAGUUUAUUUUCUCCGAACCUUGAGCUUCUCCUUUCCCAACCUAUGGAUCCGCAUCUUCGACAGCGACGGCGAAUUCCUCCUCAUCGAAGCAGCCAAAGUCCUGCCUAAAUGGCUGAGCCCCGAGAUGGACGCCAACCGCGUAUGGAUCAACCGCGGCCAAUUGCGCAUCAUCCCCCUUCUUCCCUCUUCUUCCUCAUCCUCGCCAUCUUCAUCAAAGGCCCACCAGAUCUCCCUCCACGAAGCCCUCUACGUGAUCAGAACCACCCCCAACAUCCUCAUCCACUCCCCCUUAAUCGAAGCCGAAGCUUUCUACCGACUAGAGAAGUAUCCCGACCAGAUCACCUCUUCCCUCCAUCAUGCCCUUGUUACCAUUCCUCGUAAACUAGCCUACAUCCUCCAUAAGCGCCCCAAGGCCGUCGCACCCGCUAUCGAAGCCUUCUACCUCCGCGAUCCCAUCUCACUUAAACCGCUGCUCUCCGCUACUCCGGACUCCUUACUAUUUCCACCACAGGACCUUGUGACCAUCAGCGUCCGCCUCACCAAGGUCCUCUACGCCCAGCUCAAGUCCCAGCACUUUGAUCCGCCACUGGUUUGGAGGGAGCACUUUGUCCAGACUGCGCAAGUCCAAGAAUUGUCUGCGUCUGAAACGGAGGGCGAGGCCCGGCAGCAAGCCUUGCAGAAGCUGCAGACGCUCGCCAGGUUGGAAAUAGGCAUGAAGCUCACCACGGGCUUUGAGAUCCUUGCUCGCGGCGCUGAGAAGAGCGAUAGUCGGGUUGCGAGGGAGGUGGCGCUAUUGCUUGAGGAUCUCAAGGAGGAUGGCGAGGAGGCGGCGCUCCCGACUGAUGAGGAGAUCAAGAAGUGGAAGGAUGUGGAUAGGGAGGAUGAUGAUAGCUGGAUGGAUAUCGAUUUUGCGGAUUUUGAGAGGGAGUUAGCUGGCGGCGGUGGGGUGCAGGGAGAAUCGGAGCAGCAGCACCAGCGACAACAAAACAAAGCUGGUGAAGGCAGAGAUACAGCAGGGCACGCUGUACCGACCUUUGGAGAUGCCACGACACAAGCCGAUCUACGCAAGAUCGUCUCCCGGUUUGAGGCAUUUCUGAAUGACGAAACAGCAGGUCUUGACGGAGCUGAAAUCGAUGAGAUGGAUCAGGAUGACGAUGAUGACGACUUGGAGGACUCGGAUGUUGAUAUGGACAGCGAGGACGAAGACAAGGAAGUGAGUUUCGACGAAGAGCAGUUCUCGAAAAUGAUGAGAGAGAUGAUGGGGAUACCGACGACGACAACAACAACGGCGGCAACAACAUCGUCACCACCGUCAUCAACCACAGGACCCGAGAGCGCCCCGCGACAGCCUGGCACGAAGGGCAAUGGCAAAGGCAAGGAAAAGGUUUCUUUUACCGUCAAUGACGACAAGGACGAAGACAAGAGCAUGGAUACGGGCCACAGUGAGCAAGAGGAACUCGAAGCUCUUAUGGCUCAGAUGGAAAAGGAACUCAACUCCUACGGCGCACUACAACUGGACCCUCAAAAAGCCAAGACUAGAUCCGCGAGAGCAUUGAAGGGUGGUGUGCACGAGGCUUCAUCAGUUCAAGAGAUAGUCAAGACCGCGGGGGGUGGUAGGAGUGAUGAUGAUGACGAUAUGAACGACGAGGAAGGAGAAGAGGAAGGUGAUGAGGUCGGCGUUGACUAUAAUCUAGCCAAGAACUUGCUGGAGAGCUUCAAGAGCCAGGCGGGCAUGGCAGGUCCAACGGGCAAUUUGCUUGGCUUGAUGGGCAUGACGUUGCCGCGUGAUGAAGAGGAUUCUGAUGGAGAGGGCAAGUCUUAGGAGAAGCAAAUGCAAUCUGUCAGUGCUUGGUGGACUAGAUAUUUGGAUGCCCAUCAUGAAGGGAAUCUUGGUAAUUUCAACAACAUCCUUCUCAGAUAAUGAUAGAUUGCAGGUAGAUCGUGGGUUUUGAAGGAAUUUGAUGAUGGAGCAAAUGGCUCGUUGCCAGCCGCAAGACUGAGCGUCGAUAGGCGGAGAGGGACGAUAGUCUCGUUUAACAGCGAGGUAUUCAAGAUUGAACCACGCAUAGAUUGAAACCAGACAUCGUUGGCCUACCUCCUCCC